GUUACGAAGGUCCAGUCAACUGGAAUCCAACAAGAAUUGCCCCCUCUGCGAUUCUCCCAUCUUCAGCAAAAUUCUGCCCAAUACCAGAUUCUAAUUCCUUUUCAUUAUCCAUCCAAAUCAAUCUUUCUUCAAUCCCAUCCUAGAAUUAAUCGAAAAAACCCAUCUCAAAUCUUGCAUUUCCAAGUUCUUUCCAAGCACACAGUUCCCAGAAUCAAUCUCGACUUCACUUCCAGACUUGGAAAUGCUCAAAUUCAAGACUAUCAAGAAGAAAAUGUGGAUGUUUUCCCUCUGAUUCCCUCCGAACGUCUAUAUUUGCACAAAUCGUUAUGGAAGGUAUGAAAAAACGAGCAAUCAAAUUCGCCAUUAUUGCCACAACAAUUACCAGCAAGAACUUCAGCAACAUAUUCUGUGUAGUACAACGAAGCCUCCCUCUCCACAAGCUUUCCUUUUGGUUCGCCCCCACGAAUCGCCCUCCCGGACUAUUGUCUUGGACCUUUGGUUCGUAAGCGAUUUCCGAGUGCCAAUUUCUUUUUUGGGUUUUCUGAUUUUCCAAUCCAUGGCCUACUCGUACGACCCGACUACUUCAAUCGACCCGUUUUUUCAUAGUUUAGGGAGCCUUGAUUCUGGACUUGUGCAACGUGGUGGGUCAAUUUUAUCUCAGUCUUUAGUGUUGAAUUGUGAGAAGGGGGAGAUUGUAAAAGCCCCAAUUCAUCCGUCGAAGAAAAGGGUUUCGGAGGAGAAAGCACUUGCGGCGUUAAGGAACCACAGCGAGGCCGAGAGGCGGAGGAGACAGAGAAUCAAUUCCCAUCUCACGACGCUGCGUGGCCUUGUUCCUUGCCUGGUAAAGAGGGACAAAGCCACACUGCUCGCUGAAGUUGUCAGCCAAGUAAAAGAGAUGAAAAAGAAGGCUUCAGAAGCCAGCAAUGGCGUUUUCGUUCCAAUGGACACCGAUGAAGUCAAAGUUGAACCUUGUGGAAUUGAAGUGAAUGGAUAUAUGUCCUUCAAGGCAACUCUUUGUUGUGAAUAUCGACCCGAGCUUCUCUCUGAUCUCAAACAAACCCUUGACUCCUUUCACCUAAAGUUGUUGAAGGCAGAAAUAUCAACUUUGGGAGCCAGGGUGAAGAACGCAUUCUUUUUCACCAGUUCCAUUGCAGAGAAUGGCGACCAUUCUGAUGCUUCUCGACAUCUCGCAUCAUCCGUUCGCCAGGCAAUAAGCUUUGUGCUCGAGAAGGCUUCUUCCCCAGAAUACUCGCCAAGAACAACACUCUCAACAAAAAGGCGAAGGCUGUCUAGCUUCGAUACGUCAAGCUCCUCCUCCGGAUCAUAAACUCUGUUUGCGUCGACGGUGACACUGCUUGUUUUCAUCUCUUCGUCUUGCAUUUGCCUACAUGUUGUGGAAAUAAUCAAAUACACAAAAAACCCGUUGUGUGAUAUAUUGACUAUUGAGUUGUGGUUGUCAUUUCUACUUUUGUGUACCAUAUGUAAACAUUGUAUGCUUGGUGUUGGCGCAAUCAGCCCAAGAAGUUGGAAUGCUCUUGGAUUAUGAUUGGCCACAUUGUAUCUUAUAUUUGUAUGAUCUAUUAUUCUAUUUGCGAUUCCAAUUUUCCAUA